CAGCGCCCGAGGGCUGUUCGGUCACCUACCCGCCCCCGCCCCCGCCCUCCGCCUGGAGCGGAAAAGGGCUUGGGGCCCAGCCCCCAACCCGGGCUCUUUCUGGGGGAGCGCGUUUCUUCCUGAAGGCCCGCACCUACUGGACCUAAGAACAGUGAACAAUGAAUCCCAGUAACUUGAACAGAUCCUGGCUUAGUAACCCCUGGAGAGAAAAAGUAGAAAUGAAACAUUAGCGUAGCAUAGGGAAAUAACAUAGGACUAAGAGAUUCAGGCUAGGAGAGAAAAGAAGACUCUGAGAGAAGAGAACCAAGGAGACUUCCAGGUAACGAUGACAUUUGAUGAUGUGGCCUUAUAUUUUUCUGAGCAAGAGUGGGAGAUCCUGGAGAAGUGGCAGAAGGAAAUGUAUCAGCAAGUGAUGAAGAACAAUUAUGAGACUCUUGAUUCCCUGGGUCGUGUUUUUUCCAAGCCAGAUCUCAUCAUCUGGAUAGAACAAGGGAGAAUGCUGUUAAUCAGAGACCAGGGACCCUUAGAGAAAAGAAUGGCAUGUAGCCCUUCUACUGAUGAGCAGUGGGACUUGCAGGGGACUGGAAAGUUGCUGUAUUUUGGUGACCAAGGAACUCUUGGGGCAAAAGAGGAAGAAGGCCAUUUAGAUGGUCUCCUAAAGCAGGGUUCGUGUGCUACCUUACCAGGGGAGGAAGGAAAGAUCUUACCAGAUCAAAGAGCCACCUUACAGCAUCCAAGUCGUCAAGAAAUGGGGAUUAUACAUAAAAACUUCGACCUCAGAGCAUCUAAUCAGGAUAAGAACAAUCCAUGGCAUAAGGUGAUAGGUACCUCCAGUCACUUGGAAAUUCCCCCAGGACCAAGAUUUUAUUCCUGCUUUGUCUGUAGAAAGGUCUUUAAGCUAAAGAGCGACUUGGUCAAGCACACAAGAAACCACUCCAAGAGCCCACCCUGUAAAUACUUAAAGUACAAAAACAAAUCCAGAGGAAACUCUGAACUCAGGUGGAACCGGAUGAUCCUGUGUAAGAAGAAGCGUUUCCAGUGUGGUAAGUGCGAGAAGAGCUACUAUCUCAAAUGCAGCCUGAUCACUCACCACCGGCUUGUUCACAUGGGGCAGCGGCCCUUGCCAUGCCCUGAAUGUGACAAGACCUUCCAGUGUAAAGCCACUCUGAGGAAGCAUAUGUGUUUGCACAAAAGGGAGAAACUAUUUUCCUGCGAGCAGUGUGGCAAGGAUUUCAUCGAGCAGUGCAGGCUCACUAAGCACCUCAGGGUGCACACCGGGGAGAAGCCUUUCCAGUGUCCAGAGUGCAACAGAAGCUUCCGCCUGCAGAGCAGUUUGAAGGCCCACCUUUGCCAGCACAGUGGGAAGAAGCCCUUCCAUUGUCCAGAAUGUGGCAGAAGCUUCUCUCAGAAGGCUGCCGUGAAGGCCCACCAGAGGAUACACAGUGGAGAAAAGCCGUUUUCUUGUGACCAGUGUGGGAGGAAAUUCACACACAAGACAAAACUCACUGAACAUAUCAGAGUUCAUACGGGAGAGAAGCCCUUCCAGUGCCCUGAGUGUAAGAAAAGUUUCCGCCUGAAGAGAAGCCUAAAAGCCCAUCUCUUUCAGCACAGCGGGAAGAAGCCCUUCCAGUGUCCGCAGUGUGACAGGAGCUUCUCUUGGAAGAACGCCAUGAAGGCCCACCAGCGUUUACAUAGUGAGGAGAAGCCCUUCUCCUGUGCCGAGUGUGGCAAGAGGUUCACCCGGCCCUCGAAGCUCGCCCGUCACGGCCGAGUCCAUAGCAGGCAGAAGGAAUUCUCGUGUGGCGAGUGCACGAAGACCUUUCCCCGGCAGUCGAGGCUCACAGAGCACCUCAAGGUCCACACCAAAGAGAAGCCGUUCUCCUGUUCCGAGUGCAGCCGGAGCUUCAGCCGACACUCGCACCUCACCGAGCACAGGAGACUUCACAGCGGGGAGGAGCCUUUCCAGUGUCCCGAAUGUGACAAGAGCUUCUUCUGGAAGGCCUCCAUGAAGUUCCACCAGCGGACACACAGUGGUGAGAGGCCCUUUGCCUGCAGUGAGUGCGGUAAGACCUACACUCAGCAGUCUCAGCUCACGGAACAUGAGAGAAUCCACAGUGGGGAGAAACCCUUCCAGUGUCCUGAAUGCAAUAAAAGUUUCCGUCUCAAAGGGAAUUUGAAGAGCCACCUGCUCCAGCACAGCGACAAAAAGCCAUUCUCCUGUGUCAAAUGUGGUAAAAGUUUCACUCAGCAGUACAGGCUCAUGGAACACAUUCGUGUCCAUAGUGGUGAGAAGCCCUUCCAGUGUCCGGAGUGCGACAAGAGCUACUGCAUAAGGGGGAGUUUGAAGGUCCAUCUGCACACGCACAGUGGAGAGAAGCCCUUCAGGUGCUCCGAAUGUGGCAAGGGGUUCCUCCAGAAGAGAAGCCUGAAGACCCACCUGCACCGUCACAGAGGGGAGAGGCCUUUCUCUUGUGAUGAGUGUGGAAGGAGCUUUACAUACAUGGGGGCACUCCACACUCACAUUGCGGCGCAUGCCAGAGAAAACCCUUCGGGGUCUAGGUCAAACCUUUCUGUGAGGAAAGGAAGCAGCGACAGCUUUUAGGUGGAGCUAGCCCUUCUUUUGGAUCCAUGGCGUAAGCUGGAUGAAGAAUUCACAAAACUCCGGCUUCGGAUACGCCGGCCAGAUGCACAAGCAGGCAGGGUGCACAAAGGUUCCAAAUAAUCCAGACACUAAGGAAGAGGCAUCUACCCUCUGUGAUUCCCACAGGCAAGAGCUGCCCAUCACGGAAGGAACAUUUUCCUUCUGCUUCCUGUUACCAGGCCUCCGUAUUUAAAUUUUGUUUACAUUAUCAGUUUUCUCUCAGAGCGAAUUUUCGUUUUCUCUCACAUGCUGAGAGAACAUCUGUGUCUCAGGAGAAUUUCUCUCUGUUGCCAAAAAUAAACGUUGUCUCCCAUCUCUUUUGUUAACAA